CGAUACCCUGUGGUAUUGCCGUCAAUCCGACCGUAAUACCUGCCAGCGCAUCCUGCAGAAAUUUACCCCAGGUAUAGAGUGGCAGCCAUCCUAAUAUUGGAAGUUUUCUAACUAAUACUUCUUUCACACGAACUCUUACAGGAUCUCACUGGGGACGGCGCGAUAUCUCAUAAUUUAUGGUACUCGGGUUGACGAUGGAUUCGAUGGAUGGAGGCCCAAGUUCUAAGUAACUGCAAGCCAAUAUGUUUUUCUUCAUAUUGCGCUCAUAUAUAUAUUUUGAACUUAUACAUCUAUAUUUAAAAAAAAGAGGAGAGGUUGAUAAAUCUCACUGCUAAAUAAUAUUGAAAGAAUAAUAGUCCAGUCAAAUAGACCUGAUGAAUAGAUGCAGGUCCACCCAGGUCCGACUUUUUGAGGUUCGAACUGUGUGAUAAUGUUACAUUUAAUUACAACCUACUAAUAAUUAUUUUAUCACAUAUUUAAUUACUUAGUUUUUUGAAAUUUUUUAAAAUUAUAUAUACGUAUAUAUUAAAUUUAAGACUAGUAACUUCAGUUAUAAAAUAACGUAAUACGAAAUGUCCAAGUACGAACUCAAGGACGAUAGACCGGAAGGAAAUCACGAUGUCCAGCUUACGAGUUUUCAUGAAACUGGAGAUGGUUUAGUUAUACGUAAUCCAAUUAUUGAUUUAAACAAUCGAUUAAACCCUAGUGAGACUGUUGACAAAACUACAAAUCAUCAAGUUGUAUAUGAAUACGAAGACCCAUCGGUAGGAGCGAAAUGGUUUUGUCAAAGGUUAAAGAAGUCGUUUCGAAAAAAAAAUCUGUUCAAGAGAGUGCCUAUAUUGGAAUGGUUGCCUAAGUAUCAAAAAGAUUAUAUCAUGUGUGAUUUAGUAGCUGGUGUUACUGUGGGAUUGACAAUUAUUCCUCAAGCAAUCGCAUAUGCUAAUGUUGCUGGUAUUUCACCACAGAAUGGUUUAUACUCAUCAUUCAUGGCACCAUUUUUGUACACGAUAUUCGGGUCAUCAAAAGAUGUACCAGUGGGCCCAACAGCAUUAGUAGCUAUUCUAACACGCGAAACAUUAUCGCGUGCCCAAGUAACUUUAGACCAUGCCGUUCUUUUGACCUUCAUCUCAGGCCUCGUAGCAUUGCUGAUGGGGAUCCUGCAAUUAGGAUUUCUCAUUGACUUUAUAUCUGGUCCAGUAUCUGUCGGAUUUACAUCAGCAGCCGCAAUAAUAAUAGCGACAAGCCAAGUAAAAGAUAUCCUAGGAAUCCGUAUCAGCAAUGGAAAAUUCAUUGAUACCUGGCACAGUGUCUUUGAACACAUCGGGGAAACGAGACUCUGGGACGCAGUAAUGGGAACUGUCUGUCUAAUUAUUUUAUUUUGCUUACGCAAAUUAAAAGACAUCCCAAUUAUCACAAAAAACACUAAAGUCCCUUCAUUGACACAAAAAAUAGCCACGAAAUUUUUAUGGUUCGUAACAACCUCGCGUAAUAUUUUAGUUGUAAUUGUUGGCGGUGUCAUGGCAUGGAUGUUGGAAAGUCAUCUGGGCACGUCUCCAGUUGUGCUAACAGGGCACGUAAAAGGAGGAAUGCCAAGUCUUCAACUGCCUCCAUUCUCCGCGGAAAUCGGGAACCAUACUUACACCUUUUUCCAUCUGGUGUCAUCGCUAGGCUCCGGAUGUCUUGUCAUUCCGCUUCUGAGUAUUCUGGAGACUAUCGCACUGGCAAAAGUAUUUUCGGAUGGCAAGGCAGUGGACGCGACCCAAGAAAUGCUGGCACUAGGUGUCUGUAAUUUGGUCUCAUCAUUCUUCCAAUCGAUGCCCGUCAGCGGAGGGCUGAGUCGUGGAGCCGUAAAUCAUUCCUCGGGUGUUAAAACAACUUUCGGUGGUGUCUACACGGGAGUUCUCGUUCUCUUAUCGCUACAAUUUCUCACCCCUUAUCUUUAUUACGUACCCAAGUGUAUUCUCGCAGCGGUUAUUAUUGCAGCGGUUAUUUUUAUGGUUGAAUUCCAUGUGGUCAAGCCCAUGUGGAAAAGUAAAAAAAUUGAUCUAAUACCGGCAGUUGUCACAUUUGUUUGCUGUCUUUUUGUCGGCUUGGAGCUCGGCAUGAUAAUUGGAAUAAGUGUUAAUUUGCUUUUCUUACUUUACGCGUCUGCCAGACCUUCGUUGCGUGUUCGCAAAAUAACGAUCCCCGGAGAAUUUGAGUACUUGAUGAUAACACCAGACAGAAGUCUGUCAUUCCCCAGUGUCGAGUACGUGAGAGCAGUGAUCAGUAAAUACGGAACACGAGAAGGUGUCCAGGUUCCUAUUGUAAUUGACUCGACGCACAUUCAAGCCGCAGACUUUACCGCAGCACGCGGUAUAAAAAACAUAAUCGAGGAUUUCGCUAAACGCGGGCAGCCUCUUAUUUUUUACAACCUAAAGUCCAGCAUCGCGACCAUCUUCCAGGGCGUCAAACCCACUAAUAUGAUCAUAUGUUCAAAUGAAAACGAACUCAACCAGAGUUUGAGAGAUCUAGCGGCCAUUUCUUCAAUUUCUAUAAUCCAUUGAAGGAUAUAUAUAUAUAAUUGUACUGAACAAGUACUUGUUAAAAACGUUUCAGUAUUAAGUGCAGUUGAGUUUUUAAAAAUUGCCAAGAUAAAUAUUUUAAAUUUAUAAUUAAACACUUGUAAUGUGUUUACUAUUAUUAUUUUUUUUUCAAGUUGUUGUAUAAAAUUAUUGUCUAUUUUAUUACUAAUAUACAUUUAACUAUAUAUAUGUUUA